CCGGAAGACUACAGUUCCCAGCAUGCUCGGGGAAAGGAAGAGGCCCCCCACGUCGGCAGCUCCACGUGACCACUCACUAUGGCUUCCUUGUAUCGGGGCCAGCUGUCUGCUGGUUCUGUGUGAUUUAUUAGUUUUUUGCUGCAGAAUACUGCCUCACGAUCUCGACAUGCAAAAAAUUAAGUCUCUUAUGACCCGACAGGGUCUGAAAAGUCCUCCUGAGAGCCUCAGUGAUCUUGGUGCCAUUGAGAGUCUCCGGGUCCCUGGAAAGGAGGAAUUCCGAGAACUUCGAGAACAGCCUAGUGACCCUCAAGCUGAACAAGAACUAAUUAAUAGUAUCGAACAAGUGUAUUUUUCUACGGACUCAUUUGAUAUUGUUAAGUAUGAGCUGGAGAAGCUUCCUCCUGUUCUCAAUUUGCAAGAGUUAGAGGAGUACAGAGACAAAUUGAAACAACAGCAAGCUGCAGUCUCUAAAAAAGUAGCAGAUUUAAUCCUUGAAAAACAGCCUGCUUAUGUAAAGGAACUUGAAAGAGUUACCUCAUUGCAGACGGGUCUUCAGUUAGCUGCCGUUAUCUGCACAAACGGGAGGAGACAUUUGAAUAUUGCAAAGGAAGGUUUUACUCAAGCUAGUUUAGGCCUUCUUGCCAAUCAAAGGAAACGUCAGUUGCUGAUUGGACUUCUGAAAUCUCUGAGAACUAUAAAAACAUUGCAAAGAACAGAUGUUCGCUUAAGUGAAAUGCUGGAGGAGGAAGACUACCCAGGAGCUAUUCAGCUGUGCCUGGAAUGUCAGAAAGCUGCCAGCACUUUUAAACAUUACAGUUGUAUAAGUGAACUGAAUUCAAAGCUGCAAGAUACUUUAGAACAAAUUGAGGAACAGUUGGAUGUUGCUCUGUCCAAAAUCUGUAAGAAUUUUGAUAUUAAUCAUUACACUAAGGUUCAACAAGCUUAUCGACUUCUUGGGAAAACACAGACUGCAAUGGAUCAACUUCAUAUGCACUUCACCCAAGCCAUUCAUAAUACCGUGUUUCAGGUUGUUCUCGGUUAUGUGGAGCUAUGUGCGGGAAACACAGACACAAAAUUCCAAAAGCUGCAGUACAAGGACCUCUGUACACACGUCACACCAGACAGCUACAUUCCAUGCCUUGCCGACCUAUGCAAAGCACUGUGGGAGGUUAUGCUCAGCUACUACAGGACUAUGGAAUGGCAUGAAAAGCAUGACAAUGAGGAUGCUACUUCUGCUUCUGAAGGGAGUAAUAUGAUGGGUACUGAAGAAGCAAAUUUUGAUCGUGGCUACAUAAAAAAGAAAUUAGAACAUGGACUUACACGAAUAUGGCAGGAUGUUCAGCUAAAAGUAAAAACCUACUUGCUUGGAACUGAUUUAUCUAUCUUCAAAUAUGAUGAUUUCAUCUUUGUUUUGGAUAUAAUCAGCAGGUUGAUGCAAGUUGGAGAAGAAUUUUGUGGUAGCAAAUCUGAAGUUUUGCAAGAGUCUAUUAGAAAACAAAGUGUCAAUUAUUUUAAGAACUACCAUAGAACGCGUCUUGAUGAACUGAGAAUGUUUCUAGAAAAUGAAACCUGGGAACUUUGUCCUGUUAAGUCAAAUUUCAGCAUCUUGCAACUUCAUGAAUUUAAAUUCAUGGAACAGUCUCGUUCCCCAUCAGUUUCACCUAGUAAACAGCCAUCCUCAGCUUCCUCAAAAACAGUAACCUUGUUUGAGCAGUACUGUAGUGGUGGGAAUCCGUUUGAAAUUCAGGCCAACCACAAGGAUGAAGAAACAGAAGAUGUCCUGGCUUCUAAUGGGUAUGAAUCUGAUGAACAAGAAAAAAGUGCCUAUCAGGAGUAUGACAGUGACAGUGAUGUUCCUGAGGAACUAAAACGAGAUUAUGUUGAUGAGCAGACAGGCGAUGCUCCUGUGAAAAGUAUUUCUCGAGAGACCCUAAAAAGCAGGAAGAAAUCAGAUUACAGUCUAAAUAAGGUGAAUGCACCCAUCUUAACAAAUACAACAUUGAAUGUAAUAAGACUUGUUGGUAAAUAUAUGCAGAUGAUGAACAUUCUUAAACCAAUUGCUUUUGAUGUUAUCCAUUUCAUGUCUCAGCUAUUUGAUUACUACUUAUAUGCAAUAUAUACGUUUUUUGGUCGGAAUGAUUCAUUGGAAUCAACAGGAUUAGGCCUAAGUAGUAGUAGACUAAGAACAACUCUAAACAGAAUACAGGAAAGCCUCAUUGAUCUGGAAGUUUCAACUGAUCCUACUGCCACGCUCACAGCAGCAGAGGAGAGAAAGGAGAAGGUGCCGAGCCCUCACCUCAGUCACCUGGUGGUUUUGACAUCUGGGGAUACACUGUAUGGGCUGGCGGAAAGAGUGGUAGCCACAGAAUCCUUAGUAUUCUUGGCUGAACAGUUUGAGUUCCUUCAGCCACAUCUGGAUGCUGUGAUGCCAGCGGUCAAAAAACCCUUUCUUCAGCAGUUUUAUUCCCAGACAGUCUCAACGGCCAGUGAACUACGCAAACCAAUUUACUGGAUUGUAGCUGGUAAAGCCAUUGAUUAUGAACAGAUGUUGCUCCUCAUGGCUAAUGUGAAAUGGGAUGUAAAAGAGAUUAUGUCACAGCACAACAUAUACGUAGAUGCAUUGUUGAAGGAAUUUGAGCAGUUUAACAUGAGGUUAAAUGAAGUUUCUAAGAGAGUUCGGAUACCCUUGCCCGUGUCUAAUAUACUUUGGGAACAUUGUAUACGCCUGGCUAAUAGAACUAUUGUGGAAGGAUAUGCCAACGUCAAGAAGUGUAGUAAUGAGGGUCGUGCCUUGAUGCAAUUGGACUUUCAACAGUUUUUAAUGAAACUUGAAAAACUAACAGAUAUUAGACCUAUUCCCGAUAAAGAAUUUGUGGAGACCUAUAUUAAAGCCUACUACCUAACUGAGAAUGACAUGGAACGCUGGAUCAAAGAGCACAGGGAGUAUUCAACGAAGCAGCUGACCAAUCUGGUAAAUGUUUGCCUGGGAUCCCAUAUCAAUAAGAAAGCAAGACAAAAACUUCUGUCUGCUAUAGAUGAUAUAGACAGACCCAAAAGAUAAGGAAAACAGUUCUGUUUCCUCAAUGGCAUUGAUCUUCUCUCAACAUGUAUGACACGAAAGCCAAUUUUUCAUGCACUCGUGACAUCUGUCUUAAGAAAACUCUGUGCUUGUUCUUUCCAACUAGGAAGUGGGAAACAUCGAAGUCUGUGUGGUGUUCUCAAAUGACUUUUAUAUGCCCUGCUCUCUCCUCUCCAAUUUUCAGUCUCAUUUGUUGUAUUCCUUUCUUGAAAUAUUCUUGCCUCAUCAUAACUAUUGUUAUGUGACUACAGCUACACAUUUUACUAAAGAAUGUACCAUAAGUAUGUUAUUAGAAGAAACAGUGACAGCACAUUCAUGGGCAGUUUUGGAGAAUGAAUUUAUGUUGGCAUUUUUCUGCCCUUUGAAUUUGGUUCAUAUGAGAGGGCUAAUGUACAGUAUCUCCUAAUUAUGAGCACUGCAUGACAAUUGAAAAGUACAUGUAAGUGAAGUAGUUGAAAAAUCAGUAUGCUGUCUGUGUUUUAAAAUGUCAAAGUUGUGCUGGAGUUAAUUUGGUUAUGGCACAGUGAUCAUAAAUGAUGAAAUUAAAUAAAUAUUAUAAUCUAACAUGAUCAACCUA